AUGCCCACUCUUGUGAGCGCAUUAGUGGAGAGAUGGCGAACUGAAACACAUAUAUUCCACCUUAACUGUGGUGAGACAAUAAUCACGUUGGAAGAUGUGGCCCUAUUACUUGGCUUACCCAUUAACGACCACGAUGUCAUCGGGCAGACUUCCGGCUUAGGAAGUGCUGUCUGUGCAGAGUUACUCAGAGUGGUCCCACCGAUAGAGCAAAGGACAAGUCAGAGUAUAACUCUAACGUGGCUUGAGGAAACAUUUAGCAUGUUGCCAUACGAUGCAGGUCAACGACAGAUAGAAUGUUAUGCACGUGCCUAUAUCCUAAGGCUUAUCGGUUGUGUCCUCAUGCAAGAUAUGUCUCAGAACAGGGUUCAUCUAAAGUGGUUACCACUUCUGAGGGAUUUUACAGAAGUAGGAAGAUACAGUUGGGGUUCAGGAUGUCUAGCAACCUUGUACAGGAUUUUAAGUAUAUCCUCUCGAACCCGUACUAUCAUAUCCUUUCCUCUAGCUCGAAGGUGGGCGCAUAUUGAAGUGGAUGAUGAUAGCCGCAGCAACAAGCACAAUGUGAAGAUAUAUAGGCAGUUACUAGAUCGGUUGGAGAUGCAACAGUUUAUAUGGCGGCCUUGUGAUUCGAACGAGAUAAUCGCACAAGUGCCACAUGACAUUUUCCCGGACAUUUAUGGACUGCGUUUACAUCAUUGA